AUGAAGAGUAGAGUAAUCCUAAGCCAUAGAGAGAGAAAAGAUAACAAUAAAGGCAUCUUCUGUAGUUAUACGCAGCUUGAGACCAUGGAGAGAAAGCCCUUUGAGGUUGACACGACGACCGAUGAUCACAAACCUUACUCCGCCGUCGAUGGCCGUGGUGCUGAUGUUACAUCGAAUGUCGAUUCGUUCGAGGAGGACCAAGAAAAACUCGUUUACAGAGGAUGGAAAGUCAUGCCUUUCAUCAUUGGUAAUGAGACAUUUGAGAAGAUUGGGAUCAUAGGAACACUAUCAAACCUUCUUGUGUACCUGACUUCAGUAUUCAACCUUAAAAGCUACACAGCUGCAACAAUCAUCAGUGCCUUUGCUGGCACAAUCAACUUCGGGACUUUCGUCGCUGCUUUCCUCUGCGACACUUACUUUGGUCGCUACAAGACUCUCAGUGUUGCUGUCGUCGCUUGUUUCCUGGGAUCGCUUGUGAUACUACUCACGGCUGCUGUUCCAUCAUUGCAUCCAACACCUUGCGGAAACAAGCUCUUGUGUGAAGGACCAGAUGGUGGACAGAUUGCGUUUCUCCUGCUCGGUUUAGCGCUUCUUGUGGUCGGCGCCGGCGGGAUCAGACCGUGUAACUUAGCGUUCGGUGCUGAUCAGUUCAAUCCGAAAUCCGAAUCCGGAAAGAAAGGGAUCAACAGCUUCUUCAACUGGUACUUCUUCACUUUCACGUUCGCUCAGAUCAUCUCGCUCACGCUAGUCGUGUACAUCCAGUCCAACGUGAGCUGGACGAUCGGUUUGAGCAUACCGGUCGGUCUGAUGUUCUUGGCUUGCAUCAUUUUCUUCGCUGGACAUAAACUGUAUGUGAAAGUGAAGGCAUCAGGUAGUCCAUUGGCUGGUAUACUUCAUGUCAUAGCAGCAGCGUUCAAGAAACGAGGGUUGAAGCAAGUGAAGCAGCCUUGGACCAAUCUUUACAACCACAUUCCUCCUAACUACGCAAACACUACUCUCAAAUACACCGACCAGUUUAGGUUUCUUGACAAAGCAGCGAUCAUGACCCCCGAGGACAAGUUGAAAUCAGAUGGAACGGCUUCUGAUCCAUGGAAGCUGUGUACGUUGCAGCAAGUGGAAGAAGUGAAAUGCAUGGUGAGAGUGAUUCCGAUCUGGUUCGCUUGCGCGGUUUACUACCUUGCGAUAACCAUGCAAAUGACUUAUCCGGUCUUUCAAGCGCUCCAGAGCGACCGGAGACUGGGUUCCGACGGCUUCAAGAUCCCCGCAGCCACCUAUGUAGUGUUCUUGAUGUCCGGCAUGACGGUGUUCAUCAUAAUCUACGACCGUGUCCUUGUCCCGUCGAUGAAAAGAGUGACAGGGCUUGACACUGGUAUAACACUCUUGCAAAGAAUCGGAUCUGGGAUCUUCUUUGCCGUGUUGAGCUUGGUGGUUUCCGGGUUUAUCGAGGAGCGGAGAAGAAACAUUGCGUUGACGAAACCGACUCUCGGGAUGGCGCCUCGCACAGGAGCCAUCUCCUCAAUGUCAGCGUUGUGGCUGAUCCCGCAGCUAUCGCUUGCAGGCGUAGCGGAAGCUUUUGCAGCCAUUGGACAAAUGGAGCUUUACUACAAGCAGUUUCCUGAGAACAUGAGGAGCUUUGCUGGUUCUCUCUUCUACGUCGGUGCGGGAGUUUCGAGCUAUCUUGCUAGCUUCUUGAUCUCAACUAUUCAUCGGACAACGGAGUAUUCACCUUCAGGGAAUUGGUUAGCUGAGGAUCUGAACAAAGGGAAAUUGGAUUACUUCUAUUUCAUGCUCGCAGGACUCAUGGUCGUUAACAUGAUUUUCUUCUUGGUAAUGGCUAAAUGGUAUAGAUACAAAGGCAGUAACGAUGAAGACGUUUCUGAGAUUGAGACUAAUGAAGAGAAGGCCAAGCAGCAGGAGAAACAAGACAAGAACUCUAUCUGA